CUUGGGGGCAGCAGGGGGUGGUGGGCCGCUGCCAUGGCCACGAGGCAGCAGAGGAAGGUGCUGCGCUACGCGGCUGAGGGCGACACCAGCAAGUUGCGGGCCUACCUGCGCCGUCACCCGCAGCUGGGGGUGUCCUUCAGGGGCGGCAAGGGCCGCAGCCCGCUGCACGUGGCCUGCCGGCGGAGCGAGGGGGCCGCCGCUGCCAGGUUGCUGCUGCGGCGCGGAGCCGACCCCGCGAGCCGGGACGCCAAGGGGAACACUCCGCUGCAUCUGGCCGCCCGUGUGGCCCUCAGGAGGGGAGAGCAAGCCGACGAGGACCUGGUGGUGCCUUUGGUGAAGUGUUGCCCGGCAGCCAUGGACUUGCUGAAUGACGAUGGGGUCACUCCAAGAGAAAUACUCAGGUCAAGGUCGAGGCAUCAGCAGCACGCAGUGACGGUGGGCGAGCCUUCGACCGAAGCAGGGACGGGCCGCGCCGACGGGGAGUGGUACAGCAAGCUGUUCGGCGAAUGCGAGGACGAGUUUUACCAGUCGUACGGUCGUUACGAAGACGACUACUAUGUGCCGGAGCCGGAGCCACAGACGUACGAACGCUGGGCGGAGCGUUUGGCGAGGGAAUACGCAGAGAAGCGCGCCCGUGCCCGGCCCGGAGUGGGCAUCGCCCCGUCCGUGGAGCGGCGGAGGCGGCAGCAGCGGGAGCAGGAGCAGCGGGAUCUGCGGCGGAGGCUGGAGGAGGAGCACCGGCUGUACCAGGAGCGGGCCGGCCGCGAGGCGGCGGCGAAGGCUGGCGGGCGCAAGGAGCGCUACGAGCAGGGCUGCGCCCAAGUGUUCGGGCGCGGCGGGGAGCCGGAGGGGGGCGGCGAUCGCCUGGCCUACGCCGACAUCCCCUGGCCCCACCCGCAGGGCACGGUGGAGGAGAUGGUGGCGGUGAUCGUUCACGGCGUGGACCGCGGGCAGGCGGAGGAGCUGCGGCGAUACCUGCGGCAGCAGAGGGCCGUCUGGCACCCCGACCGCUUCGCCCAGCGCUGCGGCGAGCGGCUACUGGAGGCCGACCGGCGGAAGAUCCUCGACACCGUCACCGCCCUCUCCCAGGCUCUCAACAAGCUGUCGGAGACCGUCAGCUAACGUCCCGGCCCCAGGGGCUGGCCCCGUCCAGCUGGGACUGCGAUCCAGAGACAGGGAGCUUUACACAAAUGGA